AUGUCCAAGCCAGUUGGGAGAAGUCGUUCCGUCCGGAAUCCUCCUACACAGCGAGACUUCUCAGCGCCAGCUAUCCUCGCCACUGAUACCGAGUCAUAUGAUACCGCUUUGCCUCCCAUGAGCUCCAAGGAUCUCGUGGUCUCUUCGCGGCGACCACAGGGAGGAAAUUCGCGGCCACCAUACCCUCAAAACCUGACAUCGAUUCAAGGGAACGCCACUGGUCAUCGUCGGACUGGAAGCACGCUAAAGACUGUCAUGAGGAAGAUCUUCACACGGAAUAGGCGGAGCCGAACAGACGAGAUGGAUGAUUCCAUAUCGGACUUCCAUUUUGGAAAUAACAACGCCGCUCGCCCGAAUGAUGGAAAGAGGUCGCCGGGGCCUUCAAAAUCAGGAAGCUCGCUACAGAGUAGCCAGCCCCAACAACCCCCCGAAACACUAACAACGCUAGACGUUGUAUUGAAACAACUAGACACUGAACCCCGCCAAAGGCGUGCAACUUUACCCAGUUUAAUAUUCUCGGACGAUGGAUCUCGUCAUGCACUUGAGGAGGUCAUCAACCCUCGGAAAAAGCCGAGCAAUAGAAAACUCAGUCCUCAUGCGAAUAGCGACCCGGACGAUAUGCGGCGCCGUCAGAUGCGAGACGCUAAACGGCGUUCUCGAAGUGCAGGGGCCCUUCGUGCCCUCGCACAGGAACACCGUAUGUCUCCGAUACAGUGGAAGAGACGACGGAGCGUAGAAUCGGAAUAUGUUGUGUCAACUGCAUACGGUGCCGCUUCUGAUAGCGAGCUUUCUCGGCCGCCUACCAGGACUACAGUGGCCAGUGCCUCCAAACCUUCUGCGGAGGUGUCCGUUUUCGAGGCGGAUGAACCGGGAGACGAGCCAGGUCCUAUUUCCCCUGGUCUGCCCCCGAAUGUCGGUGAGCUCAUCAGCUCCAUGCAGAAUGACGAUAACGCUUCGCUCGAACAGCGCUUGACCACGUUGGAAGUCAAACUUAUCGACCUAGAGUUCGCGAUUGCGCGGAUGCAAAGCGGACGUACAGACACACCCACGAACUCGCCAAACCAGAAAAACAACCAAGAUCCGUCACAACAUAAACGUCAGAAGUCCUCGGGCCAAUCCCCACCGGAAAGUCGCGAUGACUCUCCAACCACAGAAUAUGUAGCUGGCACGGACCGUCCCUUGAGCACAAGCACAAUUCGCCCUAGCAUAAGUGAUAUCCACCGCGCUCGUGCCCUGAAAGCCCCGUCCAUGGUUUCUUUAAAUAGUGACUCUGGCGCCAUCUCUGUGCAACAAUACAGCGCACUAGUUAUGCUACUCCGUCGCGAACAAACCGCUCGCCGAAACCUAGAACAACAGUUCUCCGGCCUACGAGAAGAUGUCGAGCGACUCAGUCGCAUGACCCGAGACUCGGUUGGCAUCGGAACAAUGUAUCCAAUUCGCAGCUUCGAGUCCCAAGAAUACCUGCGCCUACGGCCCGACGAGUCACCCCCAGACAGUUCCCCUCGACAAAGAGAGGAAAAGGUCACUUCACGAUACAAGAGCGACUCGGAUUCAGAUCGGGAUCGCGAGCGCAACAAUGACCGAAACAGAUCCGGAUCUGAUACACGCUCGAAGGACGAUCGAUUUCGACACUGGCAGUCAACUCGCCGGGUUGAAGUUGCCAAUAUGAUCUAA